AUGGCAGCGAGACCAGUCGCACAGCACGCCUUCCUCGCAGACGCACUCGACUCGCUCCAGCACUCGGUCGAGCGCCUCAACCACGCCCACCCGAACGGCACCGCGUACGACUCGACCCCGACCACGGCCCUCUUCCUCCCGCUCAUCUCGGCGCCCGAUGCCCCGCGCUGGCAGGACGUCCAGGCGAGCCUCAUGGCCCGCUUCGGACUCACCAAGCAGUCGAGGGUCGCAGGCGUCGACCCGGGCAUGCUCGGCACCGUCCUCGUCGUCUCGCUCCUCAAGAAGACGGUCAUCUCGGACGACUCGCUCAGCGGGCUCGCCUGCCGCGCGUGGAUCGCAGACCUCGAUGCGGCAGUUACCUACGCAGAGGCAGAGUGCCUCCGCCGCGGCGGAGCACGCCCUCACCCGCAGCCGCACGCCGUCCCAGUCCAGCCGGCGCAAGUCGCCAAGCCCUCGUUCUUUGGCUCGGCUCCUCCUCCCGCCACCGCCGCGCCCGUCGCAUCAGCACCCUUUGCCUCCGCAGUCCCUCAGCAACCGACGCCGCCGAUCUACGUUCCCCCGACACCCGCCUCGACCGCACCCGCGAAAGAGCCUUCUUCUUCGUCCUCGCAGCCUUUCCCUCCUCCACCCGCUUCGCAGCCCGGCCCCUCUUCUUCUCAACACCAGACUCCGGCCCCUCUCCCGCCCUCACUCGCAGCCCUCGCCUCUCAGCGCCGCGAGUCAGGCGCAUCAGACGCUUUCGAGCACGAGGAGCAGGACCAGAAGCCGUUUGUGCCCGAGUUGCAUGGGGCCGCUCAGCAGCACCAGGGACAGGGGCAGGGACAGGGAGAGGAGGAGAAGGACGAGUUGGAGGAGCCGCCGGAGGAUGAGGAGGCGUGGGACGAGCAGAGCAGUAGCGUGAGCCACCGCGCUUCCCCCUCGACCGCCUCAGCCCCUCAACAAACCCAACUCGGCGCCGCGCUCGCCGCUCUCACCCAACCCUCCCCUUACUCGGCUCUCGGCUUUGCGCCGCCCGCGCCGGCGCCUGCACCUGUUCAAGCUCCCGCGCAGACGCAGGUCGCGAAGAGGGGAGGAGCGGGGAGCGGAGCGGGGAGCGGAGCGCCGAAGCCCAAGAGGCAGAGGCAUGCGCAGUUCAGUGGUGACGAAACUCCCCCGAUCGAGCUCGCCUGCGCCAUCUUCGGCUACAUCCAGCCCUUCCCGGACAUCGAGCCCCUCCCUCUCCCUCCGACUUGGCGCUCGCUCAACUAUUCGUUCAAGCGGAGGCACCUCAAGGGACAGCUGGUAUGGGCCAUCAACAAGGGGUUCAGGGAGGAUAUCUUUGUCUACCGCCCGUCGGAGAACUACCUCGCCUUGGACCCGAAGAACAACUGGUGCGGCACCAAGGCUCACUUUGACGCCCCGGGACACCCGAUCGCCUUCAUCGGCCGCAAAGACAAGUGCGACGAAGCGUUCAAGGCCAUCUCGCGCGGCGUGCACCCGGACAAGCAGCGCGACGGGAUCCACGUCUUCAUCAGCGUGCCGAUUCAUCGUUGGCUCGCGCGCGGGUUCUACGUCGUCGCGUACGAUGGGUCGACGGACGAGGCGGCGCUCAAGUUGCCUUCUGGUCCUGGAGCGCUCGAUCGUCUCCAUCCCGAGAUGAGGAGGAUUUUCGUCGCGCACACGACCGCCAAGGACGCCGAGCAGAACAAGAAGACACUCCACGACUGGAACUUCCAGGCCAACACGUACGACGAGGCCGUGCGCGAACUCGAGAAUGGCCAAGGGGGCCAAGUCAUGCGCUUCUUGCUCCUCAAGUGCAUCGAUUUCGACCAGGCUGCGUUCGACGUGUGGGAUGCCGCGAGGAGGGAUCCGGUGCAGACGGGCGGGCGGGGACCGAGCGCCGCGAAUGCGGCCGCGAACGGUCAGCAGUCGCCGGUCCAGGGUCCGGGUCCGAUGGCGUUCGUUUGA